UUGAUUUCGCAUUCAUCCAAUUUCAUCAUAAUUGCGACCGCCAUCAUGACUCAAGAUCUGCCCUUCAAGCUUUCGAACCCGGACCUUCUCGAGACAGAAGCAUAUGUCCACGGAUCCUGGACCAAGGCCUCGUCAGGGAAGACGUUCGAUAUCGAAGACCCGGGAACCGGCAAGGUCUUUGCUUCCAGCCCUGACUUCGACAAAUCCGACGUCGAUGCCGUCGUAAAGUCAUCGAACGAAGCCUUCCAAACCUUCCGCUACGAAAACCCACGAUCUCGAGCGAAGAAGCUGUUGGAGUGGGACCGACUGAUCCGGGAGAAUCGCGAUGACAUAGCUACGGUUCUGACCCACGAGUCUGGGAAGCCCCUGGCCGAGGCUCAGGGCGAGCUUGACUAUGCUCUGGGCUUCACGUGGUGGUUUGCUGGAGAGGCAGAGCGUAUUCGUGGUAACGUGUCGAUACCAGCCGCACCCAAUCGCCGGGUGAUUGUGGUCAAGCAACCGAUUGGUGUCACUGUGGCCCUCGUCCCAUGGAACUUUCCUAUCGCCAUGAUAUUGCGUAAAGCCGCGGCCGCCUUCGCAGCGGGGUGUACAAUGAUCGCGAAGCCGUCUCCAGAGACGCCGCUCACCUGUCUCACUCUCGCGAACCUAGCGACCAAGGCCGGCUUUGGCCCAGGUGUAUUCAACGUCAUCACUACGUCUCUAAAGCACACUCCUGAAGUAGCAGAAGCGCUGUGCAAGCACCCACUCACGAAGAAAGUCUCAUUCACUGGUUCUACCGCAAUCGGCAGUCUUAUCGCUAAGCACUGCUCCGAGGGAUUGAAGAAACUUACAAUGGAACUCGGUGGAAACUGCCCCUUCAUCAUCUUCGACGACUGUAACCAAGAGCAGGCUCUCGAGGCUCUGCUGGCUCUGAAAUGGCGACACGCAGGACAGGCUUGCAUCACUGCGAAUCGAGUCUACGUACAAGACAAGAUUUACGAAGAGUUCUUGGAAAAGCUGGUUGAGCGUACCAAGUCUAUCAAGAUGGGACACGGGGCAAAAGAGGGCACGACGAUGGGUCCUCUUACGACGCCCCGCGCAAUUCCCAAGGCCCAAGCUCACGUCAAGGACGCCGUGGAGGCCGGCGCCAAGGUCGUUCACGGAGGACGGGCCGGGACCGAUGUGGGCCUAGAGGCCGGCUACUUCCAUGAGCCUACUAUUCUGCGGGACAUGAAACAGUCGAUGCUGAUCAGCCGCGAGGAGACCUUUGCCCCGGUGCUUGGCGUGUACCGGUUCAAGACGGAAGAUGAGGUGGUGAAGUGGGCGAACGAUACCAGCAUGGGACUUGCGAGCUACUUCUUCACCAAGAACAUGGACCGAACUUGGAGGCUGAUGGAGAACUUGGACGCAGGAAUGAUCGGGAUGAAUACAGGCAACUCUUCCGCAGCCGAGUCUCCCUUCGGUGGUAUGAAGAUGUCUGGCUAUGGCAAGGAAUCGGGCAAGGACGUCGCCGUGGAGGAGUACUUGGUGUCCAAGACCGUCACAAUGACGCUUGAGGACCACUACUGA